CAACACACGUGACAAUGAGAGUAUUUUAAGCCACUAAAAAGCCUUUAUAGACGAUUCACAGUCAUUGAUUUUCAUAGCUUAAGAGUCUUUCAUUGAGUGCAGGAUCUUUAAACUUGUUGACAUACUUCGCUACUGCUUACUAUCACAGCAGUUAUACCGAUAGGAAAAUCAAUUCAGGAUCAAUAUUAGGUCGAGGUGAUUCACAAUAUAGACGAGGAAGUAACUUAGAGCUCAAGCAGAACUGAACAAAACACUGGAAAAUGGCUCUUAGGAAACAAAAACAGUAUGACUGGAAAGACUCGAACCUUGCCUUGUUUGGCUCCGACACAGAGAGACAAGUGAAAAAGGAAUCCGCCGAACAAGAACCUGCAUGGAAGAACGCUGGACAAAAAUGUGGAGUGCAGAUCUGGAGAAUUGUGAAAUUCAAAGUAACAAGUUGGCCGAAAGAGGAUUAUGGGAAAUUUUUUAAUGGAGACUCGUACAUUAUACUCAAUACAUACAAAGAGGACGACACAGAAGAACUUUUAUAUGACGUACAUUUCUGGAUUGGCAAGUACAGUACUCAAGACGAGUAUGGCACGGCAGCCUACAAAACUGUGGAGCUGGACACCUUCCUGGACGAUAAACCCAUACAACACCGAGAGGUUCAGGGUCAUGAGUCCCAGCUUUUCCUAAGUUAUUUCAAAACCUUCACGAUAUUAAAUGGAGGCGCUGACAGUGGAUUCAGACAUGUUAAACCUACAGAGUAUCAGCCACGCCUCCUUCAUUUCCAUGGAGACCGUAAACAUGUCACCUUGAAAGAGAUUCCAAGAUGCAAGAGUCUGCUGGACAACACGGACGUCUACAUACUUGACCUCGGUUUAAAACUUAUUCAGUGGAAUGGGUCAGGAAGCAAUAAAGACGAAAGAAGGGAGGCUCUGCAAUACCUGAAGGAUUUGCAAGAAGAGAGAGGGCCAGGCAAAUGCAAGACAGAAACGCUUGAUGAAGACCCCAAAGAUCUUGAUAAUGACUUUUAUGACUCCCUAACGGAAGACAAAGACGCACUAGAAGAGGGAGAUGACGAUGUUGCCGCAGAUAAAACAAAGGAACUUUACAGACUGUCGGAUGCUUCUGGAAAAAUGAAGAUGACCAAAGAGAAAACUGGAAAAAUUGAUAAGAAAGACUUCGACAGCAAGGAUGUGUUUAUUUUCGAUGCCAAGGACUCCGUCUUUGUGUGGAUUGGAAAGGAUACAUCCAAGAUGGAAAGAAGAAAUGCCAUGACAUAUGCACAUGAUUAUCUGAAGAAGACGGAUCAUUCACUUGUUCCUAUUUGCUGCCUUCCGGAAGAAAAGCGUUGCAGAGCUUUUGAUCUUGCCAUCGCUGCCUAGAUAAAGUGACACUUCCAUUUGCAGUAAUAAGAUACCAUGUUUACUAUUAUAAUUUAGUCUAAAGAAUGUAAUGGAUAUUACACGUUACAUAUGGUUAUAAACAGUUAAACAGUUCGAACGUCGGUUUACUGCACGUUUUCACGCGGGCGAUUGCAUAUACCGGCAUUCUUCAAGACGAGAAAAAGCCUACAGUUUGAGAUUCUAUUUGACAUUUUCAUCGUUCGUUUCCACUUAUUGGGUCUUGUUAACGUAAUUUUUACUAACAAGUGACUUCAGUGCUAAGAUGAAUUAAAAUGUUAUUUUUUCUUCAUACUACUCUAUACGUAGUUAUUAUUAAAACCAUGAAGAUGUUUAUAUAUGUUAAUACUAAAGUCAUGGCAGCAUGAUAAGAACUCUAUUAUAUAUAAGGAUGUUUCUAUUUUUUGUGAUCUAAAAACUUUUCAUAGAUGUACGGUAUGAAUGUUCCUUAUAACCCGUAUUUUAUAAUUGUUAUAAAAUAUGAAAAUCUG